AUUUUUGAUCCAAUCUCCGCUCCUCGUUUUGAACGCAGCUGACGUCGGAGGUGGGCUGGGCGAUGUUGCACCCUUGCAUGAUCGUGAAGGUCAUAUAAAUUAGAUCGGGACGCGAUGCGGUCAUAUCGCUCCGACACUAAGUAGCGCCCAUCAGGUAACCAAGCCCCCCUUACGCCAGAUAUAAUCCCCUCUUUUCUUCGACCUCUAAACUCUUCUUUUUCUCUUUUUUUUUUCUUCCCAUCAUGUCUGAUAAGGAGGACAACCCCCAGACCCCCGCACAGGAGAACGAGAACACCACUCCCAAGCCUCAAGAGGAACAGGAACAGGAACAGGAUAACGGUCCUACCUCCCCUCAACCCAAAGAAGAAGGACAAGACAACGGUCCUGCCUCCCCUCAACCCAAACAAGAAGAGGACGACAACAAAAAGACGUUCAAGCAAGAACCAGACUCGGAUAACGAGCCCGCUCCUCAAAGGGAACCAGCUCCUGAACGUCGCCAGAGAAGACCCCGUCCCCAGAGAACUCGUCAGGACUCCGGAGCAAUGGAGAACACUACUGAGAAGCCCCGUCGCCAGCGCCGCCAGCGCCGUCAGCCCCAAGAACAAGACGGCGGCCCACUCGGGGGCCUGGGUGGAGUGGACCAAGUCGGUGACCUGGUCCAGAACACGGCCGGCAAUGCUGUCAACGGAGUCACCGACUCGGCUGGUAAGGCCGUUGGGGGCAUCCUCGGCGGCGGAAAGAACGAGGGUGGUGAGGAAGGAGGAAAGGACGAACAGCUGCGGCUGCGUCUAGACCUGAACCUCGACAUCGAAGUGCAAUUGAAGGCCAAGAUUCAUGGUGAUCUGACUCUUGGAUUGCUCAACUAAACGACGUGAUGUGAACUCGAUCGAUAGACGAAAAAACCGCAUUUCCUAUCUCGUAUUCGUCUUUGCUUCAUUGCACAUACUCGAUACCUUUGCUCUGUUCUUUCAUGCUUUUGCCUCUUGCUCGUUCGCAUAUGAUAAUGCCUUUUGGAAUUUUUCGCAGAGUUCUAGAUCUCCCGUGCUGCCUAUUUCACAGUUGAUGAUUAGCUUUUUCUUUUUUUUUUCUUAUUUCAGGGUGGCAUGGCACGGUGAAUCUGG